CAUGCGCACUUUGGUUGAUAUUAUGGGAUGAGAGCAGGCCGCAGCUUUGUUGAAACUUUACAGCGCGGGCUGAAAUGCCCGACUUCGAACAGCAGAUAUACGCAUGGAUAUGUAGUGGAUAUGGAUCUUUACACAACAAGCGUUUCAUGAGCUGACAAAUCACCACCCGCUCCAACUUGGCUCUAUCAUCACUACAACGUAGACACCAGUCAUGUCGGCAAGAAAAAAAGCCAGUGCAGAUACAUCUAACACCCAGCUUGUCCUCACUGAGAUCAAGGCAGAAAAUGGAGAAUCAGCAAAAAAGAACACUGUUAAAUCUGCUGCCAGCGCUGAUACAGACACUGCCAGUUCCGAUGCACCUAAAACUCUAGUCAACUGUACAUUCCCUGGGUGCACUGGGCAGGGUCACGUUACCGGGAAAUACGCUCGCCACAGAACGAUCAUGGCGUGUCCACUGGCAGCCAAGAAGAGAAAGCAAGAGAAGGAGGAUGGCCCAGCAGCCAAGAAGAGCCGAAGAACUAUCAGUGCAGGGGUGACCGAUACCCCUGACAAGACAGACACUGUGGACGGUGGGGCUGAGGCCCAGAGUGGGAUGGAAGAUGAUGUGAAGUUAGAACCCACCGAGGAGCAGGACAGUCAGGCAGAUUCCACAACAGCAGCUCCCACGGAGGACGUGAUGGAUGAUGAACAGAAGUGUUUCCGUGAAGCAGAAAGAGCUCUCCGCAGUUUGUCCGGAGAUGACUCUGCCCCAUUUCAGUACAUCUAUUCAGCUUCCUCAGACUGUGAGUCAACUGAACAGUCAAACAUGGGUCAAGAAGAGGUCACAGAGGCGAAGGUCAAAGAUGAAGAUGAUUCUGCUGAUUCUGAGGAUAUGGCAAUGAGUGAAAAUACUGACAAUGCUUCUAGCUGCUCAUCAGCAGAUGAUGCAGACAUAUUGCUUAAGAUACAAGAACAGUGUGCCAGCAUUCAGUCUCAGGCAGUAACUGUGCCAACGACCGACAUGGGCAUGGCAAGGGGUGUGCGUGAAACUGCUGGUUUACGAGAGAGCAAAGAAGACACCCUUGGGGUCACUGACCGAGUUAUCAGUGACAUUGCCCCAUCAAGUGACAAUGGAGAGGCACAGAGUGGGGAUGCCACACCCAGUUUCACUGUUUUAGCAGAGUGGAGUACGGGUUUAGCUGGGAGGAACAAGGACACAGGUAGUGAUGGCUCUAGUGAUGAUGACUCUGAUGGUGGCAAUGAAGAUGCCAAUAAGAAAGAGAGCAAGUGUCCGACACCUGGAUGUGAUGGAACUGGGCACAUCACAGGCCUGUACUCCCACCAUAGAAGUUUAUCAGGAUGUCCUCGGAAAGAUAAAGCAACUGCUGAACUCUUAGCCCUUCAGGAUAAUGUUCUCAGAUGUCCCACACCAGGGUGCAACGGCCGUGGUCACAUCAACAGCAACAGGAAUUCACAUCGCAGUUUGUCUGGGUGUCCUAUUGCUGCCAUGGGGAAGCUGAUUAACACACAGAACCAGAAGAAGCAAGCCAGCCAAACAGGGGGAUCUACAGAAGGCUUGGGCUGUGAUGGUAACACACCCAGUACAUUUCCAGGCGAAGACAGGCUACAGGCACCUACACAGACAUUAGUUGGGACAGAGUCGUCAAUCGCCCCAACUGCAGGGGGUCUCACUGAAGGUUGUGAUCGUGUCCUUCGACCAAUGAUUCUAACAAAGCAGUUGGAUCUCAACACAUUUGACUACCCACCUGUGGUUUCUACGACAACGCCCCGUAACAAUCUAGCCAAGGAGCUGGAGAAAUACAACCGACCAACUACUGAUGUUGGUCAAUCAGCAGCAAAAGCAGCUCACAAACCCAAGCCUGUCCCUAAAAUCAAAGACACUGCCCCUGACAGGCCCAAUAUUUUGAGCCGACGCCCUCACUAUAAGCCCCAGUACAGGUACGACCCUAGUCGACCAACCUCAACUGCAUCAACAACUGUGCCAGUGCCGUCUCCAAGCGCACUGACAGUGUCUGCUUCACUGAACCUGGGCAAGGGAGGGAGUGGGGCAGUGCAAACAGUAGAUCUCAACAUGCCUGUCACAGCCCAGCUUGCAGCACAGAGGCCGGUUGCCACUGCUAGUGCUAGCUUGCUCUUGGCUGGGCGGGGCACAGCGCUGAAUAUUCCCCAGCCAAGUGUUAGCAAGGCUGUGAGUCUCAGCUCAACAUUCGUGACACCAGUCACCAACAGCAUUGCCCCUAUACAACAGGUACCACCUCCCAUCACACACAACAUCAGUAACAUCAACCUCACCACCUUGAACAACAUCUCCAACAACACUACCUACCAAGAGAAUGGUGGCAUGACAGCUCCUCAAAGCAAUGGCACGCACUCCGAACCCGACCUGACACUGCUCACUCAACCUCUCUCCCCCAAAGUGCGGGAGGGACGUGAGCUUCUCACAUGCCCGACGCCUGGUUGUGAUGGAUCUGGUCAUGUGACUGGAAAUUAUUCCUCUCACCGCAGUCUUUCAGGCUGCCCAUUGGCUGACCGAGCUAUGGUACAGGCCAAUCAGGUGGAGCAGAAGUGCCCCACUCCUGGCUGUGACGGCUCAGGUCAUGUGACCGGCAAUUAUGCGUCACACCGGAGUCUGUCGGGAUGCCCGCGGGCAGCCAAGUUCAAAAAGACCCUCGGAUGCAAGGAAGGCGAGAAGAAAGAAAUGGAUGAACCUCUUCGAUGCCCUGUGCCAGGGUGUGAUGGGUCUGGUCAUGUGACAGGCAAAUAUCUCUCUCAUCGCAGUGCUUCAGGAUGCCCAAUUGCUAACCGUCACAAGGUGCCACCACCAAGGCCAAUGUUGCCAGGGAUCGAGAACCAGGACCCAAUGCUCAUGAUGGAAAAAACAAAUAAUUGCAUUAAGAUGGACAUAAGCUGUCCCACCUUGGGCUGUGAUGGCUCUGGUCACUCCAAUGGCAGCUUCCUUUCCCACCGCAGCUUGUCCGGCUGUCCCCGCGCCACCCUCGCCAUGAAGAAGGCUCGCCUCACCCCCCUGGAACUGACCAUGUUACAACACAAGAUUGCUCUCGGAGAAGUGGAUUUGGACACUGAUGAGGAACUCAGACAACUUGAUGAGGAGAUUGAGAUGUUGAAGUCAACAACAAUCUCCUCAGAGCUGCAGAUGACGAAGUUGCGAGCAGAAGUGACCUGUUUGGAGACUCGGCUGCAUCAGAAAGAGACAGAGAAUGAGCUUCUGGAUGACAAGAAUCACAGCAUGCAGGAGUACCUGGCCUCACUCCGCAGCAAGGUGGUCACGUGUCUGCAGCGAGUGCCGCUCCCUCCCCCCAUGGAGCCGGUCUGUGAUGACACGCUUGAUCUCUACAUUGGCAAAAUUCAGGAUCUAGUGGCAGAACGUAAUGGGGAGUCUAAUCUCCUGUUUAGUGCAAUCAAAGCAGCCAUGGCAGAGAUAGAAGUGUGAAUAGAUGCCUUUUGCUUCUACUUGACGCAGCUAGCCUGCCAGCCAGCCAGCUGUAUACUGCAUUGCAGUCUGCAUAGUGCCGACUUGACUUACUCAGCUGCUAGGUUCAUCAUUGACAGUGCUGGUCCACAGAGACACGAAAACAAUGCAGCAUCUUGUCAUACUUGGACAGUGAUGAGAUAGAUGUACUUGUGUGACAUGGUUAGGAUUGUUAUGAGAGCAGCAGGCUCCGAGAUUUCAACAAAUUCAUGAUUGUGUUGCAAACAUAUUCUGUGGGCUGAAGAACAAUCUGCAGGGUUGGGUGACGGUGAACAGACAGAUAAUCAGACAUUCAGCUUUGUAGUGAAUGUUCAUUGGUGCUUGUAGCUCGCAUCACCAGCACUGCACCAUCUUUGUUACAUAUUCUGUGGUUGUAAAAACACGUCGUGACAUAGGUCAGGGGAGACAACUCCUGGGCAGACAAGAAACAUAUCAUUGUUAAGUUAUUAUUUAUGACAUUGUUUUAAUUUAUGACAUUGUUUUAAUUUAUGUAAUGUACAACAUUCCUGUACAUUUCAGUCAUUCCAUGUGUUCCUGUAUUUAUUCCUAACUUAUUUCCUUGUUGAAAAAUGGAGCCAUGUAUACUCUCUAUACACUUGUUGAUAUUUGUACUCAACAUUUCCCAAACUAUUUAUACAUUUUUUUCAUACUUUUCCCAAACAAAGCAAUGUGACUACACAGGUAUGGUGUGCUAUGCCCUUAGUUAGAUACAGCUAAUUGACAAUGACCUUUUGACAAAGUCAAGGUCAUUAGAAGUAUUAUACAGCUUCUUGUCAGUACAACUUGGGCCCCUUGCUUUGAUUGGAAAGAGUUGAGUCUAUAUGAGAACUUAUUUAAUUCCAUUGUCACUGAUGUUUGUUCCCAGUCUAUGGACUUGUCAUAUGUUUUUAUGUCUUUUUCCCUUACAGCCAUUCUAGGUUUAUUAUUUACUUAUGUGCAAUAUGGUAUUUUCACAGCUUUUUUACUCCAGACCUUUUUGAUCUGUGUAGAGCAUUUUAACCUUUUAUAAGAAGCUAUGUUUAUGUGGACUUGAGUGUGUUUGUUGUGGCGGCUCCCUUGGUUCAUGGCGGCCGGAACAUCGCACGCUCCCUCACAGCCUGCUUGCUGUCCGCCCCACAAUAUCACACACGUGGAGAAUUGCUAAUAAAACAUAUACUGCCA